UGAAAGAGAGAGAGAGAGAGAGCUCAGUCAUGGCAAAAGACACUGACUAUGGAGCUUUCAUGGAGAAGUUCGUUCUACAACAAAGCUCAUCAGCCCGUGAGCUUCCUUUGAAUUCACUCACCUUUGCUGUUAAAGACAUGUCAGUCCUAAUUACACUCUUUGCUCAGAGAUUUGAUGUGGAUGGAUAUGUGACUGGGUUCGGAAAUCCUGACUGGGCGAGGACUCAUCCGGCUGCCACAUCAACAGCCCCAGCCGUUUUGGCUGUCUUAAGGGGAGGUGCAACAUGUGUUGGUAAAACUGUCUUGGACGAAAUGGCAUACAGUAUGAAUGGAGAAAACAAACAUUAUGGCACACCUAAAAAUCCAUGUGCGCCUGAUCGGGUGCCUGGAGGAUCUUCCAGUGGAUCUGCUGUUGCAGUAGGUGCAAAGCUUGUUGAUUUCUCCUUAGGAACUGACACUGGAGGAAGUGUAAGAAUACCUGCAUCGCAUUGUAGAAUUCUUGGCUUUCGGCCUUCACAUGGUGCCAUUUCUACAACUGGAGUAAUUCCUAUGGCACAGAGUUUUGAUAGUGUGGGAUGGUUUGCUAGAGAUCCUAUGAUUUUGAACAGAGUUGGACGAGUACUACUGCAAUUACCUGAGGUGGAUCCUGUCAUACCCUCUCAGAUAAUUAUUGCUGAAGAUUGUUUCCAGCUUUCAACCAUUCCAAGUGAUCGAGUUACUGAACCUCUUCUUAAAUCAGUGAACAAGUUAUUUGGGGGUGAUCUGGUAAAGCAUGCAGUCCUUGGGGACUAUGUCAAGGAAAAGCUUCCAAGUUUAAAACAAUUUAUGAUCAAGGGAAACGUCGAUCAAGAGUAUAAUAUACCAUCUUUGGCAGCUCUUGCAAGUGCAGUACAGUUGCUUUUAAGGUAUGAAUUCAAGAAUAACCAUGGCGAGUGGAUUAGUACUGUCAAACCUGAUUUAGGUCCUGGAAUAUCAGAACGUGUACGGGAAGCCCUUAGGGCAACAGAUGAAAAUUUGGAUGUUUGUCACUCUGUGAAGACUGAACUACGUGCUGCUCUGAAUGUUCUUCUUGGGAUUAUUCAGGAUUUUGGUGUCCUGGCAAUUCCCACAGUUCCAGGGCCUCCACCAAAACUACAAAGUGAUCAAAUUCCAUUGGAAGCUUUUCGUGCCAAGGCUUCUAGCUUGCAGUCAAUUGCUGGAGUAUCUGGAUUCUGCCAAGUGAGCAUACCACUAGGGAUGUAUGAUAAUCUUCCUGUGGCAAUUUCCUUGUUGGCGAAACAUGGUUCAGAUGGAUUCCUGCUUAAUUUUGUUGAGAUUCUUUAUGAUACUCUCCAAGAAGAGGUUGGCAUUGCUGAGCAAAAGGGUUACUGAAUUCUUUCAGUCCCUAUGUUUUAUUGUAAAUCUUAUAUCCUACUCAAAGAUUAAAAAAAAGGGGAAAGAGCUUUCUGCUUGCACUUUUGUGCCACAGAGGUAAUUCUUCUUGAAACAUUUAAUUCUCUAAGUCACUCUGAAAUGUAACUAAUUAAUAACUACUUGAUCAUCAAUAUAUUGUGUUAUUUCCAACUUAAUGGAUUAACGUA